AUGAUGGAAUUGGUGGAAUUACGUGCAAUGGGUUGGAGACCAAGUUUAGCACAUACGCAAUACUAUCUUAAUCGUCCUGAACAACAACAGCAACAACAACAACAACAGAUUGAUCCGGCACCGAUAAGUGCUCCACCGUUUGGUACAAUUCCGGUGAAUCCAUUUGGUAAUUUUGCUGGUCCUCCACCACCACUUUAUGUUGGUGGUGAUGUAAACAAUCCAGUAAUUGCUCCACAGCCUACACCAGCUAGUUUCUACCUAAUACCAGCUGCUGCUGCUAGUGGAUGGGCUCGACCAAUAAUAACUCCUGGAGUUGUACCAUCUGGGAAUAUUUUGCCUCAGUUAACACCAAUUGAUGUAGAAGCCUGGGCUAAAGCUAACAAACAAUUGCAACAGACGAAACUGAAAACGAAAACACCGCAAAGUCGUGUUCCACAGUUACGCGAGGAAAUGAUAAUACGCAACAGUGAUUCUGGCAAAAUAAUGGGUGUAAAAGGUCGCCGUGUGGCAGUAGUGGAAGAGCUGAGUAAAACGGUAAUAUCGUUUCAAAAAGUUGAUUCCAAAUGCAAGGAUCGCACAUUGACAAUAACUGGUAGUAAUCAGGAAUCGAUUGAUUAUGCGAAACGUCUCAUCGAGCAGACAAUCCGCCGUAAUGUUUCUCCCAAUCGAACUGAAACAAAUGGUGUAGAAAUUGAUGACAACGAUGAUGAUGGUGAUGAUGAUGUUGGAAUAUCAAUCGAAACGACGCAAGAUGGCACUCUAAAAUUGUCAUGUGCCGAUCCGCAAGUGCUUCAGGCAGCGCAAGCAGCUCUGAGUGAAUAUUUGACUAGAGUUGGCCGAAAUCAUUCGCGAAUAUCAGCCGAAGAACGUGAACAACGUAAAGAAAGAAGAAAGUCAAUGCCGCUACAAUCCUCAUCGAAUCGCCAAAUUGCUAACUGUGAUGUUUCACCAGUAAGUACCAAUAAUGUACAAUGGCGUUCUUCUGGUAAAACAGGUAGCACUCCAAAUUUGACUCAAUUAAAUAGCACCGCAGCUGGUAGCGGCAUUGUGACAAAAAUAAGUAUAAGUAAACAGCGUUACGAUCGAGCGCAGUUGUUGGAAUUACGUUCAUCUGUCGGAUAUUUGGAUUCGAAAACGACAGCAAUCAUAUAUGAACUCGAAAUUGAACGUACCCAACGUACUAAUGAAUCUUAA